AACAUUACUACCAGCUUCUCUUCAAAUUCACAAAAUCUCAGUCUCUCUCUCUCUCUUCAACAAUCACAACGCCUACAAAUACGUCUCCAACCGCUUCUCCUCCCAAUUCCUUCUGUUCAUAUCCCAUUUCCGAAACGCUCCUUAAUUUCCCCAUUUCACUGCCACCGUUGUCACCGACAGACACCGCAUUUAUUGACGGAGAUGUUAACUGAUUUUUUGCCGUCGAAGACAAUUACUACUACAGCUGCUGCUGCGAAUUCUGGUUUGGUUGUUCGUCGCAUCGCUACGGUAGCGCUUGUCCUAGCUGCCGCUUCUUUCUCUUGUUUCGUCCUUUAUAGAGCCGGUGAAAAUGUUGGCUUCCGCAUCCCUGACUCUUUCAUCACCUCACGUGCAACCCCUAAUGUCUCCGCUUCCUCGGAUAGUGAGGAGUACAGGCUUGAGAAAGUAUUGAAGAAUGCAGCUAUGGAGGAUAAAACAGUGAUCUUAACGACUUUGAAUGAAGCGUGGGCUGUUCCGAAUUCAGUUGUUGAUCUAUUUCUUGAAAGUUUUAGGAUCGGAGAUCACACCCGCAGGCUUUUGAAUCAUUUAGUCAUUAUCGCACUUGAUGAGAAGGCAUUCACUAGAUGCUUGUCUUUACAUAUUCAUUGCUAUGCACUAGUAACUGAAGGGGUUGAUUUUUCAAAGGAAGCUUAUUUCAUGUUCCCUGACUACUUGAAGAUGAUGUGGAGAAGGAUAGACUUUUUAAGAGUGGUGCUUGAAAUGGGAUACAACUUUGUCUUCACGGAUGCUGAUGUCAUGUGGUUCAGAGAUCCCUUUCCUCACUUUUACAAGGACGCAGACUUUCAGAUAGCAUGUGAUCAUUUCUCAGGCAAACCUGAUGAUGUGGGAAAUAGACCUAAUGGUGGUUUCAAUCAUGUGAGGUCGAAUAACAGAUCAAUUGAAUUUUACAAGUUCUGGUAUUCGUCGCGAGAAAUGUAUCCAAGUUUGCAUGAUCAAGAUGUUCUUAACAAUAUCAAGAACGAUUCCUUAAUUAGGGACAUUGGUCUCAAAAUGAGAUUCUUGGACACUGCAUACUUUGGUGGAUUUUGUGAACCUAGCAAAAAUUUGAGCGAAGUUUGUACAAUGCAUGCUAAUUGCUGUUUUGGACUGGAAAGCAAACUUCAUGAUCUAAGAAUCCUGCUUCAGGACUGGAAAAGCUUCUUGUCAUUGCCACCAGCACAGAAGAUAUCGUCGGCAGUAUCAUGGCGAGUUCCACAAAACUGCAGUCUUGAUUCUCUCCGUCGCUAUGCUCCACCACCAUUGGAUGUAGAAGAGUUGAACAGACGUAGAAGAUUAGUCAGAAUUUUGUGAUUUUAGUCGCUGUUAUUUUAGAAAUUAGAAUUAAUAGAAAGGUAAAGAUUGUUUUUUUCUUUUUCCAUUUCCUCCCCUAAUCUUGAGUCACUAUGAUUUUUAGGAGUGAUACCAGCAAUUUACUGGGGGUAAGUUAUGUUUCAGGUUAAUACAAAAAGAUAGGCGAAAUCUAAAUUGCCCAAGCUGAUUGCUGUAAGUUCUGUAAACAUAUCGUCUGAAUGAGUAUAAGACAAAAAAAUCUAACAGAA